AUGGCACAUCGAAUGGGUGGACGGAAAAAGAACAAUAAAAAAGGAUUCCAAUUCACUCUUAUGGUUGUUGGCGCAUCUGGUACUGGCCGUACAACGUUUGUUAAUACACUUUGUAGUAGUGAAGUAUUAAAAGCAAAAUUAUGUGAUUCACCUGAAACUGCCCAUGUCGAAGAAGGAAUUCGUAUUAAACCAGUUACAGUUGAAUUGGAAGAAGAUGGUGUAAGAAUUGCUUUGACAAUUGUAGAUACACCAGGAUUUGGAGACAAUAUUGAUAAUGAAUUUUGUUUUCAAGAAAUUAUGGGUUACUUGGAAAGACAAUAUGAUGAUAUUCUUGCUGAAGAAUCUAGAAUUAAACGUAAUCCAAGAUUCAGAGAUAACAGAGUUCAUGCACUUCUUUAUUUCAUAACACCAACAGGUCAUUCGUAA